AUGAUUAUUUGCUUUCCUGUUUUCCAAUUUUUCUUUUUCUCUUUCAUUUCUUGUCAAUUUUCUCUCUUUCAUUCGUUUUCAUUUAACUCUCCCCCUCUCCCCCUCUCUCCCCUCUCUCUCUCCCUCUCUCUCUCCCUCCCUUUCCCCUCUUUCCCCCUUUUCUCCCCCUCUCUCCCCCACCCUCUCCCCUCUAUCCCCCAUCUCCCCCUCUCUUUCCCCUUUAUCCCCUCUCUCCCCCACCCUCCCCCCACCCUCUCCCCCCCUCUCCCCCUCCCCUCUCCCCUCUAUCUCCCCCCCCCUCUCCCCCCCUCUAUAUCCCCUCCUUUCCCCCUCUCCCCCCAACCUCUCUCUCCCCCUCCCCCUUUCUCCCCUUCUCUUUCCCCCUUUCUCCCCCUCUCCCCCACCUCCCCCCUUUCUCCCCCUCCCCCACCCUCUCCCCCUCUUUCCCCCCCUCCCUACCUCUCCCCUCUCUCCCCCACCCUCUCCCCUCUAUCUCUCAUUUAUUCUAUUCUUUUUCUCUCUCUCUCUUUUAUUUCUCUUGUCCGUUUUUUCCUCUCUCUUUCUUUCACCUUUUUUUCACCCAAUGUCAUUUUCUUUUUCUUCAUCGCAUUCCUCUCUCUUUUUCAUUCUUCCUUCUUCUUUCAUUUUUUUUAUUCACUCUCGUUCAUGCAGUCUUUCAUUUCUCUCUUUCUUUCUUCUUUCUCAUUCUUUCAUUCAAUUUCUCUAUUUUUAUUCCUUUCUCUCUCUUCUUCUUAUUUUUUUCUCUCUCUCUCUCUCCCUCUCAGUCUCUAUCUCUCUCUAUCAGUUACAUAA